AUGCAUCGAACAACUCAAGAAGACAGAUGCCGUGCCUCUCCUGAUGAACUGGCUUUUGGGACAGGAAAGCAUUGUGUGUCGGAUCCAACUACUGUAGCAGCCAAACUGCGUAAAAUGGUUGUUGGAGGAGCUGGAAAGACAGUGGUGAUCAGUGAUUUCGACUACACAUUAUCUCGAUUCGCCAACGGGAGUGGAGAACGUCUCUCGACGACUCACGGAGUUUUCGACGACAAUGUGAUGCGUCUGAAGCCAGAACUCGGACAAAAAUUCGUCGACUUGAAGAACAAAUACUAUCCAAUUGAGUUUUGUCCAAAACUAACAAUGGAGGAGAAGAUUCCACAUAUGGAGAAGUGGUGGGGAACAUCUCACUCGUUGAUUGUCAAUGAGAAGUUCUCGAAACACACGAUUCAGGAUUUCGUUCGUCAAUCCCGAAUCGUUUUCAAGGAUGGAGCUGAGGAUUUUAUUCAAUCAUUGGACGCCCAUAACAUUCCAUUAGUCAUCUUCAGUGCUGGAAUUGGAAACAUCAUCGAGUAUUUCCUGGAGCAAAAGCUUGGAGCCAUUCCACGCAACACUCAUUUCAUUUCCAACAUGAUUUUGUUCGAUGAGGAUGAGAAGGCGUGCGCAUUCUCUGAGCCAUUGAUUCACACUUUCUGCAAGAAUUCGUCAGUGAUUCAGAAAGAGGCGCCAUUCUUCCACGAGAUCAAUGGAAGAGUCAACGUUAUUCUUCUCGGAGACUCCAUGGGAGAUAUUCAUAUGGACGUUGGAGUUGAACGCGAUGGACCAACUCUUAAAGUCGGAUACUACAAUGGAUCGCUCGAUGACACUGCCGCUCUCCAACACUACGAGGAAGUGUACGACAUCGUGCUGAUUCACGAUCCAACUCUCAACGUGGCUCAGAAGAUUGUCGACGUCAUCAACUCCAUUCACUAA